CCUGAUACGCACCAUGACCUACAAUAAAACUCUGAACUCUGUUCUUACUUCGAAUCAUUUGAUAGAUUGUAACAUUCUGGGUUCACAUUCAUAUCAGAUAUAUUUAUUGAAAAGAUAAAUGGAGGAUAAAGACGAGAACGGACACGCUGUAAAAUACUACCGAUUGUCGGAAAUCGAGGAACGAAAUUCAUUCAAGAGUACAUGGAUUAUAAUCAACCAUAAAGUCUACGAUGUCACCACAUUUUUGGAGGAGCACCCAGGUGGAGAGGAGGUCUUGAGAGAGCAGGCCGGCGGCGAUGCCACAGAGAGCUUUGAAGAUGUCGGACACUCCUCAGAUGCCAGGGAGAUGGCUGCCAACAUGGUCAUUGGAGAACUGCAUCCAGAUGACCGACUGAAGAUUGACAAACCUUCAGAACCACUCAAGGAAACCUCUAGUUGGUGGAUAAACUGGUUGAUCCCUGGUUUGGCUGCGGCUGUCGUCACGGUGAUGUACCAAAUGUACACGUCGGAGAAGUGACUGCGCCAUCCAUUCAUCACCUUUGCAAAUCAAAUGUCAAUCAAUAUAACUGGCUUCAGAAUGACCGCUACAGAGCCUGCGUUUGAUCCCUGAGAAACCAUUGCUGCCUUUUGGGAUUUGUACAGCUCAUAUGCAGUACUAUAGUACACAGGAUUAAUUUAAUGUUUUUCAUCCAAUCGCUCGGCAUCAUGUCAAUGAAGGCAUAUAAUUUUGUUAUUGUGUUAACCUUCAUUUUCCUCUCCUGAUUUACAUAUUGAUAUAUACAGUCGUGGAAAAAGUAAGUACACCUCCUGGAUUUUUUUUCAUAUUUUUUUUUAACAUAUAUGGACAAAUGGAUAUGUAAUCUUCACUUUAACACUAUUGACAGAUAAAGGUAACCUAGUUUAACCAAUGACACUGAAUGAUUACUUUGCAAUCAUUUAUUCAU